AUGUAUAGACCAUGCAAAAUACCCGUAACCUCAAUAGCACAAAUUGACCACAUCAGGUACAUCGAUAAUAUUAAAAUUUGCUGGGAAAAAUUCGAGUCGAACAAACCUUACCAUACAAUAUAUAUUUGAAACAUCCCCUACCUGCGCUAACUGCAAGGGAAACCACCCAGCUAACUUUUCCAAAUGUCCUGCCCUCCUAGCCUACCUCUUCAAAAAACAAAAACGCAUACUCCAAGAAAAUCCUACCUACAACCUUCACCUUCCUCUUUACACACUUACCAUUUCCUCAGCAUUUAUAACAAAGCUCUCUACACUCUCCUACCCUCACAAAAUAGCCACUCUUAAAAAUACACUUAAUAUCACUUUAUGGAACGCUGCUAGUGUUAAAAAUAAAAUUACUGCACAAAUUUCUUGGUUAAAGCCCUCAGACGUCUUUAAACUAAACAGCUAUAAUAUUUAUCGAAAUGAUCGACCUCCCACCACUUCCAAAAACACUAGAGGAGGGGUACUUAUAGCCGUUCGUAAAGACAUCCAAAUAUUAAAACCCAUACUCUCACUUACCAUAGAAGCUUAUAUUUCACUUAAAACCAAAAUAACCCAAUCCGAUCUAGACAACAUUAUUCUACCACCCAACACCUCACUUCCUCAUCGGCAGAGAUUUCAACGCCAAUUAACUAAUAAUACACAGCUUAACCUACACCCACAGACAACCUAA